AUGGAAAAAGUGCUCUGCAGCAUCCUGGUGUUUGGAAUGGCUGUCAUGGUCAAUGCUUGUCCCAAAUAUUGUGUCUGUCAGAACCUGUCUGAGUCUCUGGGGACUUUGUGUCCCUCCAAGGGUCUCCUGUUUGUACCACUAGACAUAGAUCGAAGGACUGUUGAACUCCGACUUGGGGGCAACUUUAUUAUUAAUAUCAGCCGACAGGAUUUUGCCAAUAUGUCUGGACUUGUUGACCUGACUUUGUCCAGAAACACCAUCAGUUACAUACAGCCCUACUCCUUCACUGACUUGGAGAGCCUCCGGUCUUUACAUCUGGACAGCAACAGGCUACCUGACAUUGGAGAGGAUAUUUUGAGAGGCUUAAUUAACCUUCAACAUUUGAUUUUAAACAACAACCAGCUAAGCAGCAUCUCUGAUGAAGCCUUUGAGGAUUUUUUGCUGACAUUGGAAGACUUAGACCUUUCCUACAAUAACCUUCGAAGCAUUCCCUGGGAAUCUAUAAGGAAGAUGAUAAACUUGCACCAGCUCAGUUUGGAUCAUAACUUGAUAGAUUAUAUUACAGAAGGGACAUUUGCAGAUCUUCAGAAAUUAGCCAGAUUGGAUCUUACAUCCAACAGACUCCAGAAGCUCCCCCCUGACCCUAUAUUUGCUAGAUCUCAAGUAAUUCCAUUAGCAGUCACCCCGUUUUCUCCACCUUUGUCACUCAGCUUUGGGGGCAACCCACUGCAUUGCAACUGCGAGCUACUGUGGUUAAGGCGACUCGACAGAGAUGACGAUAUGGAAACUUGUGCUUCUCCUCCAGGUCUAAAGGGAAGGUACUUCUGGUACGUACGGGAGGAAGAAUUUGUUUGUGAGCCUCCUCUUAUUACCCAACAUACUCACAAGUUGCUGGUUUUAGAAGGGCAAACCGCCACGCUGAAAUGCAAAGCCAUCGGGGACCCCAUCCCCAUCAUCCACUGGGUGGCCCCUGAUGACCGCCUCAUCGGGAACUCUUCAAGGACAGCUGUCUAUGACAACGGCACCUUAGAUAUCCUCAUCACCACCUCUAAGGAUUACGGGACUUUCACGUGCAUAGCAGCCAACGCUGCCGGAGAGUCCACGGCCACGAUUGAGCUCUCCAUCGUCCAGCUCCCCCAUCUCAGCAACGGCACGGGCCGAGCAGCCCCACCGAAAUCCAGGCUCUCAGACAUCACCAGCUCCAGCAAGUCAAAUCGUGGAGAAACAAAAAGCCCACCAGAAAGGGCUGUCCUGGUGUCAGAUGUGACCACUACCUCAGCUUUGGUCAAGUGGACGGUGAGCAAGUCGGCCCCUCGGGUAAAAAUGUACCAGCUGCAGUAUAACUGCUCGGAUGACGAAGUCCUGAUCUACAGGUAA